AUGAGGGUGCUGCCACCUGGAGGAUUUUUUCUGCCCAUUUGGAGUUUUACCUUUACCAAGCAAGGGCAGACUCGUGGUGGUAUCAUUUUAUCCUAUAAAGAAAUUGAGCUCUCCGGUUUCGGAUAUCACAGAACAUGGAGACAAGCAGUCUGGCAACUGAUAGCACUUUACGUAUUUCAGCCAUAUGUUUUAGCAUCAGGUGCCACAGGCACUGGGGAUGAGUGGGCUUUUGCACUCUCCUCACUGAUAACUGAACUGGGAUAUGGUCCCACCAGUUCUAUCGUCCUUUUUGGCUCCCGACCCACUGGACCCCAAGGCCCCCGUGGUGACAAAGGCGAGACUGGCGAACAGGGUGACAGAGGCAUAAAGGGUCACCGUGGCUUCUCUGGCCUCCAGGGUCACCGUGGCUUCUCUGGCCUCCAGGGUCCCCCUUGCCCUCCCGGCUCUCCUGGUGAACAAGGUCCCUCUGGAGUCUCUGGUUCUGCUGGUCCCCGAGGUCCCCCUGGCUCUGCUGGUGCUCCUAGCAAAGAUGGACUCAAUGGUCUCCCAGGCCCCAUCGGGCCCCCUGGUCCUCGUGGUCGCACUGGUGAUGCUGGUCCUGUUGGUCCCCCCGGCCCUCCCUGCCCUCCUGGUCCCCCUGGUCCUCCCAGCGGUGGUUUUGACUUCAGCUUCCUGCCCCAGCCACCUCAAGAGAAGGCUCACGAUGGUAGCCGCUACUACCGGGCUGAUGAUGCCAAUGUGGUUCGCGACCAUGACCUCAAGGUGGACACCACCCUCAAGAGCCUGUGCCAGCAGAUAGAGAACAUCCGGAGCCCCGAGGGCAGCCACAAAAACCCCAUCCACACCUGCCACGACCUCAAGAUGUGCCACUCUGACUGGAAGAGUGGAGAGUACUGGAUUGACCCCAACCAAGGCUGCAACCUGGAUACCAUCAAGGUCUUCUGCAACAUGGAGACUGGAGAGACCUGCUUGUACCCCACUCAGCCCAACGUGGCCCAGAAGAACUGGUACAUCGGCAAGAACCCCAAGGACAAGAGGCACGUCUGGUUUGGCGAGAGCAUGACCGACGGAUCCCAGUUUGAGUAUGGUGGUGAGGGCUCCGACCCUGCCGAUGUGGCCAUUCAGCUGACCUUCCUGCGCCUGAUGUCCACCAAGGCCUCCCAGAACAUUAUCUACCACUGCAAGAGUAGCGUGGCCUACAUGGACCAGCAGACUGGCAACCUCAGGAAGGCUCUGCUCCUCCAGGGCUCCAACGAGAUUGAGAUCCGUGUGGAGGGCAACAGCCACUUCACCUACGGCAUCACCGUUGAUGGUUGCACAAGUCACACUGGAGCCUGGGGCAAGACAGUGAUCGAAUACAAAACCACCAUGACCUCCCACCUGCCCAUCAUCGAUGUGGCCCCCUUGGACAGUGGUGCCCCAGACCUGGAAUUCGGCUUCGACGUUGGCCCUGCCUACUUCCUGUAAACUCCCUCCAUGCCAACCUGGCUCCCUCCCACCCAACCAACUCUCCCCCCAACCCAGAAACAGACAAGCAACCCAAACUGAACCCCCUUGAAAGCCAAAAAAUGGGAGACAGUUUCACAUGGACUUUGGAAAAUAUUUUUUCCUUUGCAUUUAUCUUUGACCAACCGAACAUGACCAGAAACCAAAAGUGCAUUCAACCUUACCAAAAA